CAUCUUUGUACCACAGUGCUGUGAAUUUCAAGCGCUUAAUCGCUUUAUUUUGGCUUUUUAUGUUUAUUACGGGAUUGUUUUAAAUUAACGAUGGGAGUCAAGGAGCCACGUGCUCGCUGCUUCUUCGACAUUGGCAUCGGGAGUACACUUGUCGGCCGAGUGGUGUUUGAGCUUUUCUCUGAUGUUAGUCCCAAGACCUGUGAGAACUUCCGCUGUCUGUGCACAGGUGAAAAGGGGGUUGGCAAAACAACACAGAAACCUUUGCAUUACAAGAACUGCCUGAUCCACAGAGUAGUGAAGGACUUUAUGAUCCAAGGAGGAGAUUUUACUGAAGGAAAUGGCAGAGGUGGUGAAUCCAUAUACGGAGGCUACUUUGAAGAUGAAAGCUUCUCUAUGAAACACGAUAAGGAGUUUCUGCUGUCGAUGGCGAACAGAGGGAAAGACACCAACGGCUCACAGUUCUUCAUAACUACAAAACCUUCUUCGCAUCUGGACGGACUUCAUGUGGUGUUUGGUCAGGUGAUCUCAGGCCAGGACGUGAUCCAAACCAUCGAGAGUCAGAAGACUGAUACAAACAGCAGGCCAUACGCUGAGGUCAAGAUUCUAAACUGUGGGGAACUCAUCCCCAAGUCCAAAGCUAAGAAAGAGAAGAAGAAGAAGAAGCAGCAGUCAUCCAGCGAAAGCAGUGAGGACUCGUCCUCCUCUUCAGAGUCUUCCUCCCAAUCUGAGGAGUCGGGAAAAGAGGACAAGAAACGCAAGAAGAAACACAAGAAGGAGCAGAAGAAGAGAAAGAAGGAGCAGAAACACAAAAAGAAAAAGGAGAAAGGGUCUGACGAAGAAGCGACGGAGGACGCUGAACCUCAGCCUGUUUCCACUAUCCGUCCAGAGGAGGUGCCGCCCAUCCCAGAGAACCGCUUCCUGAUGAGGCGAAGCCCCCAGCCACAGCCCAAGGAGGAGCAGGAAAAGGAGAAAGCCAAGGAGAACUCUGGGAAGGAGAAGCCGAGAGAGAGGGAGCGAGAGCGGGACAGGGAGAGGGAGAGGAACAGACCCGCGAUGAACUCCAGACCGAAUCGUACACGCAUCGUGAUGACCAGAUCGGGGCGAAGAAUCAAAGGAAGAGGACCCAGGCGCUAUCGGACUCCGUCUCGCUCCCGCUCUCGCUCGUGGGAUCGGUUCCGGCGCAGUGAGACUCCUCCACACUGGAGACUGGAAAUGCAGAGGACGCAGAAAGCCAAACCCACCUCACAACCCUCACAGGACCGCUGGAUUAAAGGAGACAAAGGGGACAUGUCUGAGGAGAAGACUGAAAGCGCUCAGCCAGUGGAGACGGAGAAAACCGAUGCAAGGCCAGCACGGGAGAGGAAGGACUCCGAGCGAGAGAAGAAGGAUGCAAAGAGAAAUCGUUCAAGCAGCCCCAGCAAGGGACGAGAGAGGAAAGGCGACAGACGCCGAUCCAAGAGCCGAGAGAGGGACGGCCGGAAAAAGUCCGACCACGAGACGGAGAAGAGGAAGGGGCGCAGUCGCAGCAGGAGCAAAGAGAAGAGAGAUCAGAAGCGGGACAGAACUGACGAGAGGCGGGAACGCUCGACCAGCAAGGACAAGAAAGAAAAGGAAAAAGAAAAAGACAAGGAUGCCAAAAAGGACGACGAGGAAAGAAAGCAUAAGGACCGAACCAGACACUCGGAGAGCAACGUAAAGGACAAAACGGACGACGCGAAGAAAGCGAAGAACGGAGAGACUCGGCGCGAACGCUCACGAAGCCGAGAGAAAGACCGCAGCACCAAACGCAGGAGCAGAUCCAGGUCUAGGUCUAGGUCCAGAUCAAGGGGUCGGGGGCAACAAGAAAGAUCACGAGACAGAGCACACGCUCGGCGCCGAAGCGGCAGUCGGGACACGAGGUCCCACCGGUCGAAAAGCAGAGAGAGGGGUCGAGAGAGACACGGGGGUCGAGAGGACCGAGACAAGAAGAAGACCGAGGAUAAAUCCGACGAGAAGAGUAAGGACGGACGAGCGAGGGAACGGAGCCCGAAAGACGAACCAGCCAAGCCGAGACGCGCCAGGAGCGGCAGCAGCAGCUCGGACAGCGACCAGGAAAGAAACAAGAAACGAGCGAAGAGCAAGAGCCCCAAGUCCAGAGAACGAGCGAAGGACAAAUCACGCAGUCCCAGGAAGGGCAGGGAUUCCAAAAAUGAGAGAAAAGACUCGAGCUCCAGUGACAGUGACUGAUCUCCUGAUUCCAGAUCGUCCUCCUUUUUACAUUUUCAUACUCAUGCUGAAAUCACACUGAUCCUACACAACAGUUCAGCCAAAAAUCAAACGUACAAUACGGUUCCUCAUAAUACCCCCCCCCCCCCCCCCCCCCACCUCUUACACAUAGUGGUUCAGACUAGAAGUGUCAGGCUGUAUUCACAAGCACACUAUCAAUGCUGUUAAUCAGAUCAUGCUUCUUGUACACGACAGUCAGAUGUGUGUAGACCUAACACAACUACCGGCAGUCACAGCUGAUUAGUAAUGAAUCACAUGAAUCAUGAAGUCGCACACUCUUACUUCAGGCAAACUUUUACGUUUGCUUCAUUUCUGCUCUUUUAGACAUAUCCAUCGCCCCAUUCUACUCUAACCUCUGCCACACACACGCCUUACAAGCUGGCAGGGCAGCACAUGCCUUCUUUAAUAGGUGUGAAUAGGAGUUUUAGCUUCCUGACCACACAGGAGGCCUACCUGUAGCAGGGGCAAAGAGGGCUGAGGGCUUGACCAGGAUGGUGACAUUGCUGAAACUCAAACCCAGUGCCACCUUGGGUACUUUUGUACGUGCAUGUCCAGUUCCAGUGGCGUGCACUAAUUAAAUACAGUAGUAAUAAAGUAAGCGUGACUAGAACCUGACGGACAACAACCGUAUCCAAUUCUUCCCUUCAGUACUGACCCUAUUAAAUGUAUUAAUGUUACUACACCAUACUGGACCGUUUUUAGUCGUGUCAACAACCAGCAUCGCCAAUUAAUACUCAUAGGCGUAGCUGAUGCCAUCCCUGACCCUGAUCUCAGCAGUGGUGGACUAGUGUAAUAAACCGCUACGCCACCUGAAUGCCUGUACAUAAAUCAUGUGUUUUGAUUUUUGGCUGAAGUGUUUUCUUUAAUUGCUUGUUGUAUAAAUGACCUUUAUAUUUUCCUGCAGGCUCUGAUCCUUGAUGCACCUAAUUUUCCUGAGCAGUUGUAUCAGGUGCAGCCACUCAGACUCUGGAUGAAUUUGCAACCCUGAACGGUUUCUUUUAUAUCAUUUGAUGAACACUGAGCUGGAGUAAUGGAGCAGCACCUAAAGAAACUGGAGUGGUUUAGUUGCUUCUUUAACAAUACAUGUGAGAUUGUAGUCUCUCUUUUUAGUUUAUCUCCUGCACAUUUUCUCAUCCUUGCUGUUUUUUAACAGGCUUUGUUUGACUACACAGCAGUUUUGUUUAUGUAGGAUCUUGCAGAAAACAGUCACCCAUUGUUGGCUGUGUGUUCUCUUAGUCUUUAUGUGACGAUCCAGUGAAGUUUUCUGUAUUUCGGGAGUUUUUAUGGGUUUUAUGUUUGUAACUUCACAUGCAGCUGUCAGUUCUGUUCAGUUUGAGUAUUAAACCUGAUUCUGAAGUC